CGGCCGGGCUGAGCAGGGCGAGGGGCUCCCUCCUGCCCCGCCGCCAUCCCUUCCCGCCCCAGACCCGGCCCGGCCCGCCGAGGCCAUGGCCGCCAUCCAGAACCUGCAGCUGUGGUGCAAGCAGCAGUGCGAGGGCUACCGCGAUGUCAGCAUCACCAACAUGACCACCUCCUUCCGCGACGGCCUCGCCUUCUGCGCCAUCCUCCACCGCCACCGCCCCGACCUCAUAAACUUCGACUCCCUCAGUAAAGAAAAUGUGUACGAGAACAACAAGUUGGCAUUUCGAGUGGCGGAGGAGGAGCUGGGCAUCCCAGCCUUGCUGGAUGCGGAGGAUAUGGUUGCUCUGAGGGUACCAGACAGGCUGAGCAUCCUCACCUAUGUUUCCCAGUAUUAUAACUACUUCCAUGGACGGUCUCCUAUUGGAGGCAUGGCUGGAAUCAAGCGUCCUUCCUCUGAGCCUCAGGAGCAGCCUCUUGGGAAGAAGGCUGUUGCAGAGCCUCCCAAACCAGUGCCACCAAAACUGCCUCCUGCCCACCCACCAGCCAGAGCUAAGCCAAAAGAAACCUCCCCGGUCACCACGAAGGGGGUCCUGGCAGAGAGCGGGAACAUCCCGAGCAGCAGCUGUGGGGUCUGCGGAAAGCAUGUCCACCUGGUGCAGCGCUACUUGGUGGAUGGGAAGCUCUACCACAGGAACUGCUUCAGGUGCAGGCAGUGUUGGAUUGUGCUUCUUCCUGGAAACUACAAAGCUGGGCCUGAGCCCGGUACCUUCAUCUGUACAAGCCACCAGCAGCCAGACAAUGUCCAGAUCUCUGGUCUUCGCAGCACGGGGAACAAACCUGAGAGUACCCCAGCCCCUGCCACUGCCAGGGCGUUCCAGAAAACAGCAGAACCCAAGAAACCAGAGCAGAUGUUGAAGAAAUCCGGCCAAGAAGGCCUUGCUAAUUCAACCAAGCCAUCUGUUUCAUCUUCUGGAAGCUCUGGCUUCAAAAGCGUAAAUACUCCUUGGUCCUCUUCACCUGUAAAUAAACCAAAUGACUGCAGAGGUACCCCGUUGGGAAAUAAAACAGAUCACCCUGAAGGUACCUCCUCAGGGCCUCUUUGGACAACCUCCACAUCAAAAACACAGCAAGCCCGAGACAAUUUUUUUCGGUCAUCGGAGUCCUCCAGCAAUAAAACCUCUGACACUAAAAAACAAGUCCCUUCUUCUCAUGACCCUGGUAAAACCACCUCUGCCAGAAGCACUGCUGAGGUCAGGCCAGUGAAUGCUGGGAAGGAUCAGGCACGUAACCACAUUAUACAGGCUCUGGCUGGAUCUAACGCCUCCCCAAACAAGCCAGGAGGACCCAGUUCCACUGGCUCCUCAGCAUCCAGCAGUGGCAAGUUUUCUCCCAGCAGUUCUCAGGGGCAGAGUCCAGCUUCGACAGCCCAGUCCAGCAAAACAGGGUACACAGCACCAAAACAGGAAAAGAUCCCAGACCCUCUGCCCAAGAGCCAGGCUGGCAGCAAACCUGUCAGCUCUGGGCACAAACAGGAGGCAAAAGGCAUCAAAGGAAGCACGAACACUGGCGAGGACAAGUCUGAGAGCCCAGCAGACUGGAGAUCCCUGUUGAAGCCUGUGGCCAACAAAGACCAAGGUGGCUCUAAGAAACCUACUGAUACCUCCCAGGUGGGAACAGGGAGCCCAGCACACAAGGAGACAAAGCCAAGUCCAUUAGUUGUCCCACCAGCAAAGCAGGACUCCGCUUCAUCUGGUGGAUGCAUGAAGAAGAAGUUGAUCCCCAGCUCAGAUCUUAUCAGGAGCUGUCAGAAUUCAAAGCAAGGCUGGGAAGACCCUGUGAGCUCUGCCAAGGAGGAGAAAGAGGGCAACCAGUUGAAGAAAAGCACUACCACAUUUAAACCUUCUGUUCCGGAAACCAUCCGGAGCCCUGAAGCAAUGUCCCCAACCAAGCUGCACCCAGACUACCUCCCUGAGGAGGAAAUCCAGGAGAAGGUCCGUGACAUAGAGAAGCAGCUGGAUGAGCUGGAAUUGAAAGGAGUGGAGCUGGAGAAGCAGCUGCGUGGUUGCGAAGGAGACGAGUCUGAGGAUGCCCUCAUGGUGGAUUGGUUCAAACUGAUCCAUGAGAAGCAGCUGCUGCUCAGACAGGAGUCAGAGCUGAUGUACAAGAUGAAGCAGCAGGAGCUGGAGGAGCAGCAGUGGAACAUCGAGACGGAGCUGCGGCAUCUCAUGAGCAAGCCAGAGGAACUGAAGACACCCAGGGAGAAGGAGCGAGAGAAGGAGCUGCUGGAGUCGUACCUGAACACGGUCAACGAUCGGAAUAAUAUCGUGGAGUGCCUGGAUGAGGACAGACUCAGAGAGCAAGAGGAGGACCAGAUGUUGGCAGACAUGAUCCAGAGGUUGGAUGGAUCUUUCGAGAGCCAGGAGCCAGACAAGAAGAAGAACAAGUUCCGCUUGUCCAAAAUAUGGAAGCAGAAAAAUAAGAAUAAAGCUCAGGACUGAUGUUCCUUUGCCCAGUGGCCCAGAGAGGGCCAUCAAAGAGAUGUUCCUUCCUCACUGCUGCUUUCCUGGAGUCAUGCAGGACUGUGAUGAGCCUCCUCUGCUCCCUGACAAGGAGCCUGCAGGUUUGUGGACCUAAUGGACGGUGUGAAUCCCCUCUGGCGCUGGGAUAGGGCCCAAGAAUGCCUUUCCCAGAAGAUGGACUUGGAAGACUGUUUUCCUCUUUGGAUCUAGCUCAGAGCUGGCUUCAGCCUCGUUGGCAGCUCAGGAGGACAGAGCUUGAUUUGCCCAUCCUCAAUGCAGGAGCGUGGCACUGCAUUGUCACCCCACGGUGCCCCCCACUCAAACUGGGCUGUGCUGCUCUGCAAAAGGUCCUUCCUCCCUCCUGUCCUCCCUCCUUGCAUGUGCUGCAGCUCUGUGGCCAGGAUCAGAGACGCAGAGAGGGAGGUGCUGUGGGGCAAGAGAGAGUGAGGGUCUUCCCCUUAUUGUACCAGUGCAAACUGGAGCUGUGGGCCCCACAGCCGAGGGGAGGCAGAGAGCAGAACCACCUCCAUAUCUAUGGGGUGGGAUGUCCUAGACCCAGAGUGGCUUCAGCAAUAGUGCUCUCUUUGCAGACCUCCUUCUGGGAGCCAUGAGAGCUUGCUCACUGCUUCAUUCCCUCUGUGGGGGACAUUAGUAGCUUCCUUCUUCCUCUGACUGCCCAGCGAAGCAGGGUUCUCCUUGCCCACCCUGCUGGAGACAAACAGAAGUCUUCUUUUAACAACCUGGUGCUAACUGGGAGCAGAAGGGAAUUCAUGGGUUUGCCUCACCCACUAGUCUUCCAUAUGAGACCAGCAUUUCAUCUCCUGAGGCUCUGUCCCUGGCCAGCCAGCGCCCUCAAGGGGUGCUGUGGUCCGCCUUGGUGGGACCAGGAGAGUACGAGCAGGUCCUGGGCUGUUGGCAAUGUCUUUCCACUCUUCCCUCAGUCUGGAGUGACUGGAGCCAGACCCCUGCCCCGUGUGGCAUCCCCCCCUCUUCCCAGUCACCUCGGGGGGCGAGGAUGGAGAUGGGCAGAGGAAAGAUCAAGAAUAAUUUGUGAUGUCUCUAACUCGGCUAUACGUGGACUUCCCUACCCUUCCCUCCUGCAAGCCCAGGUACUUCUGAGCGUUCUUGGGUCCUCUUGUCCAGCAGGAGAGAGUUGGAAUUUUGCAGGGAGAGGGUUUGGUGCCCGCUGUGCCCGGUGGCAGAGCGGAGGCGAUGCGUCCCUUACCCACGAGGUGGCAGUGGGACUCUCUGUCCUGGGCACCGCAGGGCUCUGCUGGGACAGGGACCCACCAACCGAGGGGCUUCCUGCUGCCCACGGCCUGUGCCACGUGUGGACACGGGGUGGGUCACCCUGUACCUGCAUAUGCUUUUGUCCAAUAAAAAGUUGCUGGAGCGAA